UAACGUUACGGUGUCCGGUUAAGCGUAACCGGCUCUUUGAAUUAGGAAUCCAAUCUUCUCGUCGUCUCCAUUAUCUCUACACCGUUGGUAUUAGGGUUUCGACUGAAUUCUCCGCCGGAGACAGCCCGGAUCUGAAAUCCAAAAAAUUCGAAGCCUAUCUUACGGUUUCUAAACCAAAAACUGAGUUCAAUAGUGAUAUGCAGAUCACAUGUCAUCUCCCGAUUUCGAUUCCUUCGAUCAAUCCUCGAACCUCGAUUCCAGUUUUAUCACUGUCCUCGAAUCCUCGCCUCAUUUCCAAUCUCACUUCAAUUCAGAACCCAAAACACGGCUUCAAGAUACCACAUAAAUCUCAGACUGGUUUCAGCAAACCCUGUUUUGUUUUGGCUGCAAUGAGAAGCGAAGACGGUGUUGCAGUCGUCGUCGACGAUGCGUUUUAUAUGAGGAAGUCUGUGGAGCUAGCAAAUAGAGCAAUUGGGUGUACUAGUCCUAAUCCCAUGGUAGGUUGUGUCAUUGUUAAAGACGGAGCUGUUGUUGGUGAAGGGUUUCACCCCAAAGCUGGUCAGCCUCAUGCUGAGGUGUUUGCUCUUAGAGAUGCUGGAGACUUAGCUGAGAAUGCCACUGCUUAUGUUAGUUUGGAACCAUGUAAUCAUUACGGAAGAACACCUCCCUGCACAGAAGCAUUGAUUAAGGCUAAGGUGAAAAGAGUUGUGAUUGGGAUGGUUGAUCCUAAUCCAAUCGUGUUUUCGUCUGGUAUCAGUCGUUUGAAAGAUGCUGGUAUUGAUGUCACUAUGGGUGUUGAAGAAGAGUUAUGCAAGAAGAUGAAUGAGGGAUUCAUCCAUCGGAUGUUAACAGGAAAGCCUUUUCUUGCCCUCAGGUAUUCUAUAUCUGUGAAUGGUUGUUUUGUGGACAAGAUUGGGGAAGGGGAUACGGAUACUGGUGGGUACUACUCAAAGCUAUUACAGGAAUAUGACGCUAUAAUACUUUCGUCCUCGUUUUCUGAUAAGCUCCCGAGCAUUUCCUCGCAAGAAGAUACUAAUGCUUCGAUCCAACCUAUUCAAAUCAUAGUAGCUAGCAAUGUACUACAGUCUCCUAUCCUUGCUUCUUCUUCCAGCACAGUGGAAGAAUCGGGUCCAAAAGUUGUUCUGUUCACCGGAAAGGAAUUGGUUGCAGAAUCUGGAAUCAACAGUAGCGGGGUUGAAACCGUGGUAUUGGAAAAGAUAAACUUGGAUUCCAUUUUAGAUUACUGUUAUCGUCGUGGACUAUGCAGUGUGUUGUUGGAUUUGAGGGGGAACAUCAAAGACCUUGCAGUGCUUAUGAGAGAUGGAUUCGAGCAGAAACUGUUGCAGAAAGUAGUGAUUGAGGUUUUACCGGAAUGGAGCACGAAAGAUGAGAGACAGAUCGCGUCAAUGGAGUGGUUGGAAUCAAAACAUGUGAAAGAUUUGCAGUCUAAGCAAUUAGGUAGAAGCGUUUUGCUAGAGGGCUAUUUUUGAUGUUUUGAUGUUUUGAUGUAUGAUGUCAUGCAUGAUACUUUUAUAAAAGCAUUGUAUUAUUAAGGGUUUACAGAUAAUAUUAAUGGACUAAUAAAAUUUUGUAUUAUAAGUUUCAAAUUUUGAAAAUAAGAAAAUAAGAAAAUAUUUUCACA